AUGAAAUAAAAUUAAAACCCAUAGCCAUAUAAAAUUGUAGAUGAUUAUGUCAUCUAUUAGGAUAAGAUGUUAGGUAAUGGAUCAUAUGGCCAAGUUUUUGAGGGCAUCAAUAAAAAUACAAAAGAAAAUGUUGCAAUCAAAGUUAUUCCUAUUAAAAAAAUAGAAGCAGAAAGUUAAAACCCAUAAGUUAUUUUCUAACAAAUCAAAAAUGAAAUUACAAACAUGCAACUAAUUGAAGGCUAGCAUAUAGUUAAACUUAUUGAUAAAAAAAAAUCAUCUAAUAGCAUAUAUCUAAUACUUGAAUAUUGCAAUGGCGGAAAUCUUUAAUCUAUAUUAAAGCAUAAUUAAGGAAGUUUGUCAGAAAGUUAAGCAGUUAAUAUUAUUUAUUAGAUUACUGAAGGAUAUAAAUGUCUUUUAGCAAAAAAUAUGGCUCACAGAGAUUUAAAACCCGCCAAUAUUCUAUUUAAAGACGGAAUAGCAAAGAUAGCAGAUUUUGGUUUUUCAAAAGUUGUUGGAUUGAAUGAUGAUACUAAAUUAAGACAUUCUAUUUUGGGUUCUCCUUAAUAUAUGUCACCCCAAUUACUUUCGUAAUAAGAGUAUUGCCCAAAAAAAGCUGAUAUGUGGUCAUUAGGUAUGAUUUUCUAUGAGAUGCUUUAUAGAAAAGUACCAUGGAGAGCAGAUUCACCUUAAGAUCUUUUAUUCUAAAUUUAAUAAAAACCUCUUGAGUUUCCUGCUGUUCCUUAAGUGAGUCUAAUAGUAAAAAAAGUUAUUUCUUAUAUGCUUAAAAUUGAAGAAUCAGAUCGUAUUUCUUGGGAAGAGCUAAUUAAUGAACCCUUGUUUGAAAGCUAAACUAAAUUAGAUGUAUUAUUGUAAUCCCUAAAUUCAGUAGAAAUGAGAUUUGUAAAUGAUUCUUUUAUGAAAAUGAAAGAAUAUUGUCGUCUUUACAUAGAAUAAAAUCGUGUUUUCCAUAACCUAUUUGAGUGUCACUAAAAAGAAACAUUCAAUAAGCAUAUUAUUGAUUGUAAUUUGAAUUUAUAAAAUUUUAGCUCCUUCUCUGAUAAUAGCAUUGACUCUAACAAUAAUUCAAACUAAUAAUUACUAAACAUUUCAAAUUAUAACAAUUAAUAAAUGAUAAAUAUUCCAAACUAUAAUAGUGGUUUCAAUAAUAUUAAUUCUUAAACAAGCGUUUAAAGCAACAAUUCUAAUGGUGCAGACGGAUCAGGAUCUCAUCAUCAAGAAAUAUAAAAUUUAUAUGAUUACACUCUUUAGUUACAAAAGCGCUAAUUUACAAUAAAUAAAAUGACAGAUUACUAUUUAAAGAAGCGUAAUAAAGGUAUAUUUUUUGCUCACUUAGCUAUUUUGCUGUCAGAUAUUUUCGAUAUUAGAUAAAACAGCCAAGAAGUUUAAAAUAGCGUGACUGAGGCAUUUAUGCUUCGACACGCUAUAACCCUUUUUAAGAAAGGCUAUCUUAAGAUAUAUAAAGCCUUACGUAGAAUAAAAACUAAUGAACCUGAUCAAUGUACUAAAUUUACAUUGGAUGACUAUAAAACCUUUGAGUUAAGUAAUGAACGUACUUAAUUACGUAAGUAUUUUAGCUUUGAUUUGAAAAUGCUCAAAUGCUUAUUUGAUGAACUUCUAUAAAAAAUUAUGGCUUUUAUUAAAAAGACUCUUCCUAACUACCCGCCUUAAGAAAAAGCUCUAUAUGAAACCUUCUAACCAAUCUUUAAUAAUAUAAUGACUGAAAAAGAAAAGUUUAAUCCUCUUUUCAAACAGUCCUUAUCAGAAUAAAAUAAAUUAUAUCGCAUAAUCUUAAAAAACAUUACACCUUAAUAAUUAGGAACAGAAUAGGAAUAAAUGGACAAUAACAAUAUAUACAAAAAAUUAAGUUCCUUGGCAUUUUAUAUUAAUUGUGUUGAUCAACAAUACAAAAUGUUCAAAUAAGAUACUAAUUUAGAUUAUUGUAAGUUUUAUGAAACUCAUGAGCGUUCAACCUCUAAAGCACUCAUUACUUUAGUUCUAAACUUAGUUUGA